ACUCUAAAUUUUAUUUUUGUUGCGGGAGGUUCGCGGCGCGCGUGCGGAGCAAAUUAAACAAAAUUUGCGACAUGAUAAACAAAUAUAUGUGUUAAUGUUAUUAAUUCUACGAUGAUAAACGGAUAAAAGUCCGCCAAAAAGGGUAGGGCCAAGGAAACAGAAGCAAGCCAACUUUGAUUUGUGUUUAAUUGUUCGGUUUUUUAACGUAAUCGCCGCGUCUUAAAUCGUGUUAAAUGUUUUGGUUUGUACAAGUAAAUUGCCAACAAUUCAGCCGCUAAAAAGUGCCAAAAAAGAGGCAGAAUAAAAAAUAAACGGCUAAAAGGAAAUAAGCGAAAUAAGGAAGCAACGGAAAUUCCGAAAUUUUGCUCUCGCUCUCUUUCUCAUCCUCGCCAUGUGUGUGCGUGUGCAUGUGUGUGUUGGCGUCGCUAAAAAGUGCUUGUGAAAAAUAUUAAGGAAGCCGAAAAAAAGAAGGCUUUAAAAUUUACUACGACAUAUAAAAGUGAGAAAAUUAAUAGAAAAACAACCCGAAGGAGAUGGCCUAAAAGUAAAAUUAAGUUUUUGGUUUGAAAAACGCAGCAGACUGCAGUGCGUGCACUUGUAUGUGCCGCUGCAUGUGUGUGUAUGUGAGUGUGGAAGUAAAGCAAAAGCAAAAAAAAAACAGUUUUUGCAGCCGGGGUACAAAUUCCAAUUGGAAUCUAUAGGAGCAGAAAAUUCUCAUUCGGCGCAUGCGUGGCUGCCAAAAAUAAAACCGAAAGUGAAUUGAAUGGCAUCGAAUGGAUUGGAUGUGAACGCCGCAAAGUCACUGAAUGUUCAAUGAAUUUCGACUUUCGCACAAUUUGCGCGCUUUUCACACUCGAUUAUUGGAAUUAAUUUGGAUACGUGAAACCGACAUUUUAUUAAAAUAACGAAACAGGUAUUUGCAUAAAAACGAACGGAAAUCGAAAGGAACGCCCUGAAGGUCAUUGUCAGAGAGCGGAACGCCGGCAACGGAACGGAAAACAAUGGAAAUGAGAGGAAGCCUGGCAGACAUGCAAAUUUCGGGUGACUUUUGAGGGGUUUGAUUUACAUAACUUGCUCUCUAAAUAAGUAGCAUGCUCCCCAAAUGCACACAUGAAAACUAAAGCCAAAUAGUUGGAGAACAAUGGAAAUGCAACAGGAAAAUGAAACGGGGGAGAAAGGAACCCCGAAAUCAGAGAAAGAAGCAGCGAUGAUAAGCAACCAAGAGACUGAAAAAGCGGCCAUGAUGAAGGGUGGAAACGAAGGAUCAGUAAGGGAAUUGGAGUCCCCGAACGAAGCCACCACCCGAAGUCAAGAAAACACAACGAAAACCAUAAAAUUGGAUGGCAUAUUCGCCGUACCAGCCACGCCCCCAAAUAAGGCGGACCUAACCACCAAGUCGGCCAGCAGUAGCCGCAGUAGUUCGCUCAAAAAGCAGCGACGUGGAUCAAGAGGAAAAACAAAUUUGAAUGUGACGAAAACGGAAAGUGGAGUUCCCAAGAGCUCCACUAGCGGCGGUCAACUGAACUUUGGAGCCAACAGUGUUGGAAACGACUCAAUGAAGCAGUCGCAGUCCAUGACGUCACUGCAGGCCUCGAACGAAGAGCAGCAGGAGCGUCGUGACGUCAUCCAGGCCAAGCUGCAUUUGGAACGGCCCUACAACAGCCUCAAGAAAAAUUCCCAUAGCAAUAAAAUGCACCGUUAUUCGUGGGGAAGCGGAAACAGUCAGUGUAGUUCCACCAGUCUCCAUAGCAGCGCCACCUUGGGCCUGGGUUCCUCUGGCAAAGACGAUCUCUGGGCGGCCAUUCAAACGAACUACAACUAUAUCAUGGACACGAACCUUUUGGAUACUUGCAAGGAGGCGCGCUGUGAGAUAGAGGGCGCCUCCACUGUUUUGGAAAAGUCGAGCGAAUGCUGUUUUAAGAUGCUUGAUGAGACCCAACGACCUGAAGGUCUCUGCGAGGAUCCCAAGGAGUUGCGGCGGUGGCUGCGCGAAAUGGAGAGUAAAUUGGAGAGUUCGCCGACAAUCACGGAACUGACUUUGUUUGGCAACGCGGAAUUGCAGCGCCAUCUAGCAGUACACUCGGUGUUGUACCAUGAAAUUGUAUCACACGCUCGAGUGGUGAGCUCUUGCAUUCGAGCCGCCGAAAAGGAGCAGCAACUCCAGCAGCAGCAGCAACAAUUGCAACUGCAGCAGCAACAGCAGCAACUGUCGAGUCAGCAACCCGCCUCAUUGACCAGCAACUGCUCCAGUGAGUCAACCAGCGACUCCGCCACAAAGUCGAGCAGCCUGAGCAGUGGUUUCGCCUCCGAUCCGGUGACCACACCCACCACUGCCAUCGGAACCACGGCAGCUGCCCCACCACCAAGUGGCAACCACCCGUCGAAGAAGGGCGAAGGGAACUUGGAGCGACUGAGGGAUCGCUAUCACUUGUUGUAUCUAAAAGCCUUCGAACUGCAACUGUGCCUGGAUAAUCUGCUAAGGAAACGCAGCUCUACGGCGAACGGCUUGGAUGACGACGAGGACGAAGAGGAGGACACCGAAGACGACUCCUUUGGCUACGAGGGCGAAGCCACCGAGGACGAUCUGAACGAGGUCAACUCGGAUCUGGAUCUGGAGAACAGCGAGUCCAAGUCGGCCACCCCCGCGGAACUGAUCCUCCAGCGCUGCCAGAUCGCAGCCACCCAGAUUGUCUGUGGCCUGGAUGAGUCCCAUUCGCAGUCCCAGUCCCAGCAAAUCCCAUCCAAAGCGGAGUCUCUGUCAGCGGAUCAGCCACGCGAUUGUCUUGCACCUCAAAAGCCCGGCGAUGAGGCCGAUGAGGAGCUAGAAGAGGAGGACGAGGAUCCCGGUCUGGGCACCGAUGUGGUGGACUUCCUGAUUGCCAAGCGAUCGUGGAGACAGGCGAACCACCCGAAUCCCAGUGGGGCAGCCACCCUAACCGACUUCGAGGCGGACUCGGAGAGCAGUGACUUCGAGCAGGUGCAGCAGCUGAGCAGGAGGGGAUUGCCAGUGGCAGUGGGGGGCACCCGAAGGGUCCUGAACCUCAUAGACAUGCCCCAGGGCAGCAAUAGCAAUAUCAACGGCAGCAAUUCGUUGCUGCAGCAGCGUCAUCACAAUAUUGGCAGCAAAAUGCUGCCCAGUAAGGCGCAUAACAAGAACAUAGCCGUGGCGGUAAUCACACCCAAUUCGCAUGGGAAUACCAGUCACGGUCACGGGCUAAGUCACGGCCUCGGUCACGAGCUGAACAAGUCGCCGCUGGGACUGCGAAAGACGCGUCAUCACCACAAUGACACCUCCAAGUUCAACCGCUCCAAUCGCAAGUCGAAGAACUGCGCGAUCUUCUACUUCAAGCACCUGGACACGGACAACGAGCAGGGGAACGCGGCGGGCAGUGAUCUGCAGAGCGAGGAUGAUCCCUGCCUGAUCCACCGGCGAGGAGUUGGAGUUGGAGCUGGAGGCGACAUACUGAAAUCGGCUGAUGCCUCAACGGAUGACGACGACGAAGGUUGGCUCUACACGGCGACAGCAGCAGCAACAUUGGAAGUUGCCACAUCAGCAACUGCAACAUCAAGUGCCGCGGCAGCAACAUCGAUUGUGGAUGGUCUGCAGUCCACGGCCAUUUCCUCGACCACGGCAUCGGGUGGACAACUCCCGCCCAGCGACGACUCCGAUAAGGAGAACAAGGAGGCUCUGGUCAGCACCACGACAAUCACUACAGCAGCAGCAGCAACUGCCUCGUCAACCAUUGCAGCGGCAACAGCAACAGCAACAUCGCACAGCAGCAACUACGACAGCAGCAGCGCCUGCUCCUCCUCCAAUUCGAACUCCAACGGCAGGCACACGGAGACCUCGGCCACCUCGCGAGUCACCCAGCUGCAGAUGCAGAUCCACUCGCACUCGCAGUCGCAGAUGCAGAUGGAGUUCCAAAUCAAUGGCAAUGCCAGCGCUGGCAGACACGUCAUUAGCAACAACAAUUGCCACAGCAGCAUGCAGCACCAGCAGCAAAACAACAACGAGGGGGAGGCAGCCGAGGAUCUGGCCAAGAUCAAGAUGGGCGUCGAUGAGACAACCGCUGAUAUGGCAAAUGGAAACGCCAGCCAAUCCAAGCAGAUGAACAACAACAGCUUCUACAGCCGCGCGGACAUCUGCAACAUCAGCGUGUGGCCAGCAGAAACCGUGGCCAGCCACUUGCCACCAAGAUCCCCGGCCAAGUCCUCCAAAUCCCAGGCCAGCAGCAGCAACGCCACCAUGUCCGCAUCCAUGAUGCUCGCUUCGCCAGACAAGGGCAAGGUCUCGCAUGAUUCAAUCAAGCAGUUGGUGCUGGAAGCCGAGCAUUUGGUGCGCGACGCCCAAGAGGCAGCACUGAAGACGCCAACCAAGCUGAAACAUUCCAUCAUUAAGAUCUCGUCGACGGUCAAGAAGCGCGAGGUCAUCAUGCCGCAUCCCAUCAAGCAGCGCGUGGAGGAAUGGCUAGAGCACCAGCCCUCGACCCCACAGUUGCUGACCCGCAGCCACACGCACGAACUCCUGCCUGGCUGCAAGCCCGAUGACUGCGAGGCAUCUGGGGAGGCAUCCGAAACGGAUUCAGUGCCUCAGGCGGGAGUAGGAGUGGCGGGAGGAGCACCCAACGGUGCCGGAUCGGACACCUCGGAGGGAUUCACCGAUUCCAUUGCCACCUGUAUGCAAACGAGCACGAAUUCCUAUGGGAAUUCCACGGAGAGAAUCGGUGGGUCUGCAGAACCAAUUGGCCAGCCAGUCACGCCCUUGGGCUUUGGCAGCAGCAAUCAGAGCCUGAAUGUCAAGAUUGUGAAACGACCGCAGACGCGUCGCAAGUCGGAGAGACCUUGGUCGGUCUCGUGCCUGUCCCAGUUGACCACGGAUGCCGCCCAGUUGACCACUGCCCGGAUCGUGGAGAACUCCCCGUCAGGAUUGGCCAGCCAUUCGAUCAGCGAGAGUGCCCUGGACUCGCUUUCGCCAGGACCAAGGCCGCGGGCCGCUUCUUCCUCGGGAACGGGAAGUAAUGCGGCCAGGAAGGCGGAUAGCAAGGGAUCCUUGCGGAGGAGGAAGGCCAGGAAGAAGCGCAUCUCGGCCGCCUCGGCUGGCAGGAAGUCGGAUUCGGGUUCCGAACUGGGUGGAGAUCUCACCCAGACGCUGAUGAAGUCCUGCGAGUCCAUGUCGUCGCAGCAGCUGCAGGAGUUUACCAAUGCCUUGCUGAGCAUUCAAAAGGGAGCAGUCAUCGCCCCUUUGAGUCCCAAGGGAGAGCUUUCUGGAGUAACUCUGCUGGGCGAAGGCGAGGCAGGGGAAACCCCGCUGAUGCUGCCCAAGUUCCGGGUGGGAUCCUUCACCACGGCGGGCCUACUGGCCAGUGAAACGAGAUUGGGAGCUCUCGCAGCUCUGUCGAACUACAUGAACGAGGACGAACAGCAAGCAGAACUCAGCACCGAGGACCAUCACAGCAGCAUCUCGGAGACGGCUUGGGACAACUACCAAGAGAAAUACAACUCGGAGAACUAUUCCGAGGGCUUUGAUUCGGAUGCGGCCCGACGUAUCUUGGAAUUCGGCGACGACUAUCGCAAUUUCAUCGACUCGCAGUCAGAUUGCUGCAGUUCUCUGUCGGCGGCCAACAAUCUGGAUUCGUUCUCGCCGCCGCGCAUGGAUUCGCUGCAAAAGCACGAGCUGAAGACACUCCACAUCAACCAGGACACAAUUACCAGUAGCGUGGACCACGCCCGCCGCCAGCGCGCCUUAGAACUGCAGUACGAACGCCGUCGCAAGACCCUGGAAGUCAGACGCAAGUCGUGUCAAGACAUGGAUGAAAUGCCGGUAGCCAACCCCCAGAAGGAGCAGCAGACGCAGCAGUUGCAGGCCCAGCCUUCGCUGUCUGCCUCCGCCACCGCCCUAAUGACCACGCCCAAGAGCCAGUCCACCAGCCAGACGCUUGGCCAACGCACAGAAUCCGUGGGCCGGAAGCUGGAGUUCGGCGGAAUGAGCCACUCGGCUCAGUCCCUGCUGCGCCGCACCUCCGAGAGCGAUACCUCGACCAGGAGGCGACGCACAGUGACUGCGGAUGAGAGGAGACGCUCCUCGCGCAACCUGGAGAAGUGCAUCAAGCUGAUUCCAGCCACCACUUCAUCGUCGAGUGGGUCGGACUCCGAGGACGGAGAGCAGGAGAUGCGAUCUCUGCUGCAGCAAAGUCGUGACAGGCUGGACGACACCAGAGCCCUGAAGAUCAGAUGCCAUCUGCUCAGACCAGAGGAUUAUAACGAGAUCAUCAACACUUGCCGCGACAACAUCCGCUGCCUGGAGGCCGUGCUGCGCGGUCCACCCGGCACCGUGCUGUCCAACCACUGCGCUGGCCAGACAAAAGAUCUGCUCGCCGCCUGGGAGGACCUGCUCGGCUGGAGCGAGAAUGCCUCGUCUGCCCGCAAGUUGCAGCAGGAGAUGAGCGUCCUCAAGAAUUCACUGCAGCGACUGGGAGACAAGCCCACUCCGGAACUCCUCGACACGGAGCCGGCCAUUCAAAUAGCCGUGGAGGCUCUUAAGCUGGAACAGACGCAACUUGCCAGCUACAGGACCAACAUGCUGCGACUCAACGCCUCCGUUCACAGCUGGCUCACCAGGCAGGAGAGGCGUCUGCAGAACGCCUUGGAGGAGCAGGAGCAGGAUCAGCAACAGGAGUCCGAACAAAUCAAGCAGGAGAACUCGUUGGAGGAGAAGGCUGCUGGUGUUAGAAAGGAGCUGGCGUCCAGCGGAGCAGUGGCCAUUACUGUCACCGACAGCAAUGGCAACCAGGUGGAAGCCCUGGCCACUGGAGAAGCCUCCACCUCCACGGUGGCCUGGGAUGUCCACUCGCUGAUGUCCGCGGAGCAGGAGUUCCACAAGCAUCUUAAGAACGAAGUGAGCGAUAUGUACAGCGCAUGGGAUGAGGCAGAUGCCAGAAUCAACACGCAGCUGGAGAUGCUCACCAACUCGCUGAUUGCCUGGCGACAGUUGGAGUCCGGUCUGAGUGAAUUCCACUUGGCUUUGGGCCAGGAUAGGGGCACCCUGAAGGGUCUGGAGGGAGCGCUGGAUAAGGGACAAGCUACGCCCGUGGAGCUCGCCCAGAAUGUCAAACUGGUGGCCAAACUGCUAUCCGAAAAGGUUAAUGUGAGCCAGGAACAACUGCUUGCCGUACAACAGCACCUCGACCCCAACCAAAUCUACCACAUCGCCAAGUUUACGGCCUCGAAUGGUUCGCUGUCGGACUCUGGCAUUUCCGAUGGAGGUGCCACUUCCGAUGGUGGCCUAUCCGAGAGGGAGCGACGAUUGGGCGUCCUUCGCCGCCUGGCCAAGCAGUUGGAACUGGCUCUGGCACCGGGAAGCGAGGCCAUGCGUUCGAUUGCCGCCCGAAUGGAGAGUGCCGAGGCCGAGUUGAAGCACCUGCAGAACACCUGUAGGGACUUGAUUGUGCGCACGGCAGCCAGCCACCAGCAGAAGCAGCAGCUACAGAACCAGCACGUUCCAUCCAAGGCCAAUGGCCAAGUGAAGAAGCAGGCUACCAAGGGCAACGGCCAACCGCAGUCGCCAGGUAAACGCGGCAAAGCAGCACGGAAAACUCGUCAGGCCAAGAACGCUGGAGAGGAUCAGCAGGAGGACGGGCAGAUGCUCAGUGCGGAGCAGCAGAAGAUGGAGCUGAAGCAUGUUAAGAUCCUUUCCAGUGGCGAUGGUGGCGACGACCCCUCUGACGAUCCCUCGCUGCUGUUCAACUUGGAAAGCUCCGAGGAAGAUGCCGAGGAAGCGGAUCUCGCACAGGGCAACAAACGCGGAUGGGCGUGGCGCAUCGCCAGGGCGGCUGUGCCCAUGCAAGUGGCCCUGUUCACCAUCUUCUGCGCCGCCUGUCUGAUGCAGCCCAACUGCUGCGACAACCUGAACAACUUGUCCAUGAGCUUCACGCCCCAGUUGCGUUAUAUCCGCGGACCACCUCCAAUCUGAGGACCGAAAGCGACUACUUCAGCAGGCCGCUAAUCGUUGUAGGUUACCGUUACGUUAUGUUAAGGCAUUUAACAGCUGUAACUAGAGUUAACCAGCGCAACCCCGCCAAUAGGCAGAGUCACUAAGAGCUCGCUUUUGGCGCGCGUCUCCCGCGCUCAAGGUUUUAUAAGGAAAAACAGAGCGCUCUCCUCCGAAAUUUGCAACUCGUCGAGGCAGCCCAAUUUUAUACGUCUAAUUUAGGUAGCGAGCGCAAAAGGAACGCAAUUUAUAGUAAGGACAUAUUUGUUAUUUCGGUUAAUUUCCUACGAGUUUAGGUUGCAGUUCGAUUGAACAAAGAGGAUGUACUUAGGCGAUGAUGCAGACGAUGCUUAAGCCACUUAAAUACUGCCGCAUUCAGGAGCAAAUGGGAGGAGCCCGCCCCCAAAUCCCUACCCAGUAAAUAUUUAUACAAACAGAAUGUUGUUUUGGUAUACUUUUUUGUUUGAAAAACACUAAAGUGCCUACAAAUGCGAACUGUGAACGAGGAACUAUCAGAAGAUGACAAAGGAUCCGACGGGAGGUCCAAAUGAGAGUAUCAAUCCAAGGCAACGAAGCAAACAGAAGCUAAAAGCCAACACCACUAGAAGAGCUAGCAAAUCAGCCGGCUAAAACAGCGAUUGAGAAUCAGAGUUUAUAUUUUUAUAUGCAACGCAACUAUACACAAUCAGUUCGAAGACAAGGACUCUUCAGCCCCACACACAUCGUACGUUUUAUGUCUAUUAUAUUAAUAGGAUAAACUUUAAACUUAUUUUGCAAGCCGAAAAAUUCAAACAAAAAAAAAAGAAACUAGAAAUUAUCUCUUAGGUUUGUGUUUGGAAUUUCUAGACAUAAUUUAUAAUUUACUCACUCCUGGCAGAUGAUCAUUGUAAUCUACUUAUAAGAUUUAAAUACUUUGUGCGUUUUCAAAACUUUCACUUGGAAUUUAAAUGAACAAAACAGAAAAUCUUCAUUUAUACAAAAACAAAAACAUUAAAGAAAAAGUAUUAAAAAAUAACAUUUUGUAGUUUUGUUAUACAUUUUUACUCUUUAUUCUGUAGUAUACUUUUGGGCGGCCGAGAAAUGUGCUUUUUGUUGCGUGCAUUUGGGGGCUG